CUUCAUGGAGAAAAUAUUCUUCAUCGAGAUUUACAUUCCAAAAAUAUAGUAAUACAUCAAGGGGAAGCUAAAAUAAUUGAUCUUGGUAUUGCAAAAAGUACAGAAACCGAAACACAUCUUCAUUCAGGUUUAUUUGGUAUGAUUCCGUAUGUUGAUCCUAAAUUAUUAGAAAGCGAUUCUUAUACAUACGAUAAAAAGUCUGAUAUUUAUAGUUUAGGUGUUCUCAUGUGGGAAUUAUCUAGCGGUCAUCCUCCAUUUUAUAAUAAUAAUAAUUUAAAGAUGUUAACUUUAAGUUUAAUAAAGGGUACGAGAGAAGAUCCCAUUUCUAACACACCUUGUGAAUACAUGAAAUUGUAUCAAUCUUGUUGGAAUAGUGAAUCGGAUGCAAGACCAUCAGUUGAGCAAGUUUUU